ACAUGUGAGUGGGCAGGUGCGGGAGCCUCCGUCAUCCAGAUCGCUGCACACCGGAGCUCACUGCGGUACGACGCACUGAGCGGCGAUGCGGGCCUGCGACGCGUGAGACGAUGCAGAGGACCCGCGUGGGGCUCCGCGGCUGCGCUGCGGUCUUCUCCGGAACCUGACCUUCUGCGCACGCGGCUGUUUUUUGAGCCACGCAGACCCUGCUCUGGAGGGACGGAUGCUGAUCCCGGAUCAGGACGCUUCUCGGUGAGAGGACAAUAAGAAUCUGAUCGAACCGGGAUCGGAACGUUCGGGUUCGCACGUUUUGAUUCGCUGAUGCCGGGACACCUCCGGCUGGGAUGAGCAUCUAUGUGGCCUGCAGGCUUUCUGAUUCUGUCGCUGAUCCGAUUCCAGUGAGGACAUUUCUGCUUAAAUGAUGUGCUCCUCGGUGGAUGUGCUGCUCCCGGAGGUUUUUGGAGACCUGCAGCUGUGAUUAGAAACCUCUAACAGACUCUUCAAGACUAAUCUUCAUCAGAAGAAAACCUCUUGUCCUUGUUUUGUCCCUCUUCACUGCAGCUGGAGCCUUGGCGAGGAAUCAUCUGACCUGCUGACUCUUCAUCAACGUUCUGUUUGUCACUUUUGUUCUGGAGGAGGCUGGUAGUCUUCCUCUGAAGAUGAUCUGAAUACUUAAAUGUUCCUCCUCCCUUCUGAAAAGUGAGCCAUCCAUUAUAGAUGAGGCCAACGAUGCUCCAGCAGAACAACAACAACAACUACCCCUGCCUGAACAUGUCGGGCUCCAGCAGGGAGAUGCUCCAGAAGCUCUCCAGAACCUCCCUGCCCUUCCCCAGCCGAGCGGAGCUGGGCCUGGGAGACCUGCCACUGAUCCGGGGCCUCCGAGCCUGGGCCCUGUUCUCCAGGAACCGCAGGAAGGCCUGUGGGCUUCUGGGCCGAGGGCCAGCUGACCCUGCAGGUCGAGGGGGCCCCCGGCCGGCGGACGUGUACCUGAGCGGGGAGUGGGGGCUCGGCCUGCCCCUGGGUCUGGAUGCCCGGCAGGCUGAGAUCGGAGCCUUGGUGACAGUCGCCUCUCUGAAGACCUCGGAGGGCGGCGGGAAGACGCAGACUCAAUGCCUCUUCCUGCGGACGGAGAAAGGCGGACAUUUGUACUCCACGGCCAAGCCGGCUGGGGGGGAUUGGCUGAAAGGAAAAACAGCCAACGGAGGGGGCGGAGACUCUGCAGAGAGCGGGCCCAACCGGGUCAAAGUGAGGUCCGGACGUAGAUGGAGGAAGUCCAGCAGUACAGCGCAGCGGGAGAGGCAGCAGAGGAGCGGGGAGUGUCCUGAAGGGGAACUCCAAGAAAGGCAGGAAGAGCCGGACAAAGGAGGCCUGGACAGGAACCAGCUGCUGCCCCCACAGCUGGACCCCAGGAGGAGCAGAUGUUCCCACAGAACCUGCCAUCAGAAGACCUCCCUAUCUACCAGCGACAGGAAGCAAGAAGCUGACUCCUGUGAGGAAAGAACAAAGAAGGAGUUCUCCGCUCCUCCGGAGGGCAGCGUCUGCUCUCCUGACCCUCAGACAGACCGAAACCACUUUGAAGUUGAACCAGAUUCGGGGUUUGAGAGGAAAGGAGACCUGGAUGAUCGCAGGUGUCAUUUCCAAGAGUCAAACCCCACCGAGGACCAGACCAACACUGUGAACCAGGAGCUGAACCCCCAUAAGGAGGCCUGCUUUAAAGAGGAGCUGGAGGAGAAAGGAGGGUCCUCCCUCCUUCUUUCUGAGAAUGGAGAGACCCGCAGCGGUCUGGAGGAGGUGGAGGACUCGCACGGAGAGGCUGGUGCUGAUCCUCGCACCUCUGAAGCUAAUCUGGCCCCUUCUCUGCCCCCCCUGGCCUCCAUGGCAACAGGCCUUCCCUGUUUGGAGGCAGAGAGGGAGGAGAAAGAGGAGGAGGCAGUCGGGGUGGUAGCGGCGGACGAAGAAAAGAGGAGGAACAGCGGAGAGCUGGAGGAGAAGUGUGAGGAGGAGAGGAUCUCUAAGGUGGCUGCAGAGGAACAGAGGACAGAGGAGGAGGAGGAGUUUGGGGUGUUUAUGCAGGCGGAGGAGGCGCCAGCUUGGAGCGAGGGGGUUAACAUGUGUGCCUCGUCGCCUGGUGAGAGCGCAGAGAGCGGCUGCGGGUCGAGCCUCUCCACACCGGUAGGAGAAGAUCCCUCCUCUCAGCAGUCUGAGGCCUCCUGGGCAGCCUUCCCUCUACAGAGAUUGGACACAGGUGUUGGGGAGCGCCAAUGGUGGCCCACCAGUGCUGUGGAAACCAGGAAAGACAGGCUGUCAACCAAUCACAAUGUGGCAUCUGUUUUUGCUGUAGCUUUCCCCGCGCCGCCCAGGAGUGACCUCUGCGACCUCAGCACCAUCCCCACCCUGACCCAGCUCCUCAGAGGCAAAGCCAACCAAGAUCAGAGUUUGCUGGAAAGCUUCCAUGACUUGAACAAAAUGAUUGGCCAGAGAUACAAGAGAGGCAGCAGUGUGUCUCGUCAGCUGCUGCUCAAGACUUUGCAUCUCCAGGAGACGGACACUGUGAGUGGGGACGCCGACCCAUGCACGCACACGUGCACAGCCGCACAGGAAGUACAAACCGCCCCCUGGACUACUAAUCGUCGCCUCUCCCCUGGCCUCCCAUCAUCCAAUCAGCAUGCUCUGAGCGGCAAACGACGACUAUCCUACGACUACAACAGAAACAUGGCGGAGUAGCUCUGCUGCUUCUGCUCUGUCCCUGACUGCCUGAAGGACCGCAGGUUCAUGCCGUGUGAUUGAUCCCCCCGUUUUUGCACUCUCCACGUGACGAUCCGGAGAGAGUGACGGGGAUUCCCGCAGUUUGAUAGCUUCACUUCACGUGUCUCCCACCUUUUUCUCUUUCAUUAAACUUUAAUCCUGAGUUUCCUCGUGCUGCUGUUGGGCCUCUAAAGCUUGCCACCAUGUUGAGAUGAGAAAUACUUUCCCUAUAGCGGGGUUGGGGUCACCUUGGAACGGCAGUUCUUGUAAAAUAGCAGUUUAGUUGACAUUUUACCAGGAGUAAAACUGAAACCACUUUUUUAGGUCUUUUCCACCCCAACACCCUACUUUAUAUAGACUUUCAAUGAAAGUCUGUUCCUUUAAUAUAACGGGAAUAAAUUCUGCAGCCUUUUUUGAUCAGUUAUUAUAUAUUUAGAUACCUUUCCAUUAAAGGGACCAAAGGUCAAGUCUAAAAUCGACAAAUUCAUGAAGUUUAGGAGUAAAAGUUUUCACCAGGCUGUCACAGUGUGACUCAAAUUUGUCUCAGACGUUCCCCGACUUCCCCUAAAUCCUGUUUCAACUAUGGAAAGCUAUUUCAGUUAUAUUAUCUAUAGCUACCUAAAACAACAGUGGAGGCUUCUGUAUUUUGUUUUGCUAUAAAACAUUUGUGUAAACAAACAAACAAAACCUCCACGCUUUUCCCCCCUUGAAAAACAAACUGCAUCCACUGCUGCGUAAGGAGAGAAGAACAAUGCUGCUGUGGCGUCACAUUUUAAAAACAUACCCCUCUAGCAUCCUAAAGGAGCUUAGUGGCCUUGUGGUAGAGUGUCCGCCCUUACACUGGAAGAUGAUGAGUUGAAUUCCAGGCCGAGUCAUAUCAAAGACUGCAAAACUGGGACCCAAAGCCUCCCUGCUCAGCAUGAUGAGAUUGGAUCGGUCAAAUGCGGACAACAUAUGUCACACUCCCCGGUGUGUGACAAAUAACGCGACCUUCGCGCUACUGCCUAACUGUGCAGCCAACUAUGUGCCAGUCCCUAGCCAGGAUAAAAUUCAGGAUUGUGUCAGGGAGGCGUAAAAAUCUCUGCUAAACCACCUGUGUGAGUGAGUGAAAGCUGAUUGGCUGCGGUAACCCCUGAAGGGAUAUGCCGAAAGGUGAACAACACUGUUUUAGAGUCAGACUUACAAACACAAGAACGAACUUCAGAUUCUGACCCUUAUUUGAAAUAACAAUAAUACAAAACAAAAGAAUAAAGCAGGAAGUUGGCAGAAUGAAUGACAUGGAGAUCGUCACUGGUCUCACAUUCAUCUUUAUAGCUAAUUUCUCAGAAAAUGCAUAUUUUCUGUUACCAGCCCCUUGCCCUUUGAGGUCUUUUGUUGCUGAAAAAGCGUGAAUCUUGUCAGACUGACUGCAUGAGUUUGUAAUUGACUGCCUCCUAAAUGAGUUCCUACGUCUGCAGCGUUUGAGGACGGCGUUCGGACGCUCUCCUCCGAGAAUUACGUCUCUUCUUCAAAGAUAUAUUCUAAAUGGUCGCGGUUUGGAUUGAGAAAAAUGAAUAAUCAGGUGUCCGAUUUUGUUGCAAACAUUUGCAUUUUAAAAUGUUCCAUGCUAGCUGAUCUUUCAAUCAUUUCCAGGCAUUUCUUUAUUUAAAAUUGCUGUAUUUUAGUCAUUAUUGAAAACAAAUGAACAUGGUGGCUUGAACUUUGUUGGCAGGUGGUGGCUUUUAUGCAAAAAAAAAAAAAAGCUUCUCACUGUCCUUCAUCAGGGUCAUUAGGAAACAAGCAGAGGUCAAAGGCAGCGAUCAGAUCCUCCUCUUUACAUUUAACAGAGUGAUGCAUGCGCUUUCGCCGAAUAACCGCUUCAGAAACUUCCGGCACGGUUUCCCAGAGGAACGAGCCCGUCUUCCAGCCGGCAGCAGCAGCAUCAAAGUGCCAAAGGUCACAAGUUUGCAGAAGUGUCUCGCACCUCCAACUGGACCGAAGCAGCAGCAUGCAGGCUUUCAUUGUUUUUCUUUGUCUCUCUGGCAGAACAAACUGGUCCGGUCGCGGAGUAAAACUUGAAUCCAUCCGUCAUUCCUCCAUGUUGAUGCACUGCAGUUUAUGUUCCUCUUUGACUCCGCCGUUGGUGAGGAAAUGCCUGUGUCAUUUGUACAAAUGUCAGACUCCUGUAAAAGAUGAAUAUUUUCUGAUCUGUUCACACGGAGACGACGGAGUCGUCGCCUCGGUAACUGAUGUAAUAAAAGAAAACUGUGUGCUA